AUGGCGCCAACGGAGACUGCAGGAAUCAAGCGCCCGGUGGAUGAGGCCCAGACCCCCGCUGUGAAGCGCGUUCGCUUUGCGAACUCGGUGUCUUGUAAUGAUGCUAUAUCACUGGCUAUUGCAACCGACGCCGACGAAGUUGAAGCGCAGAAGCUCGAAUGGUUCUCCCCAAAAUUCUCGUAUCACGCGUUCGACACCGACGAAGUAAUAGAUGGAUAUGAAGGCCUCAAGAUCGCCGCGACUUUCAAUGGAUUCGACUUCAGAGCGCUGUUGGAUGUUGAGUUCAACGAGAAGGAGGACACUGCAGAUGAUAUUGUUGCAAAAUUGACGCCGUCGUUACCAGAGGGCUUCGUUAAAGAGAAAGACGAGUUUGUCGCUGCAUUACGGAAGGCUGCGGCGAGCUUUACCGGUCCGCCAGGGAAAUGUAUCGAGUCGUACAGUAUGAAGACAUCUGCAAGCAAAGGUGAGGAUUCUGCCCACGAUAGGCACUUUGAAAUCUACGAAUGCAAGCUAGAAGACAACGAGCCUGCGCAGAAACUCCUUGCAAACUUGCAAACACUGUCGCUAUGGUUUAUCGAAGGAGCCGAUGCCGUGGACGUGACGGAUCCGCGAUGGCUGGUGUAUUUGAUCUACGAGCGAACUGAGGAGGGUGACGGACCAUUCUGCCCUGUGGGUUUUAUCACAGUCUUCAAAUUCUUCAAUCCGCUCGGACGGAAGGCUACAUACUGCAAGCCAGAUCAGAAUGAGACGCACCGUAUUUGCCAAGCACUCAUUUUUCCAACUUACCAGCGCCAAGGACACGCCGAGCGUCUGGUGCAAUGCAUCCAUGCGCAAGCAGUGGCGAAUGAACACGUGUACGAACUGACUGUAGAGGACCCGGUCCCAGCGUUCGCUAGCCUACGGGACCUGGUCGACCUGAAGAACUGCAUCAAGAACAAUUUCUUCUCUAUGUCUCCCGAGGGGAGUAAGGACGCUAGCGGCACUGGUCAAGGCACGGAAGCAUUGACUACUGCAGACAUCCACGCUGUACAAGAGAAGCUCAAAAUCACGCAGAAGCAGGUGCAAACGUGCUACGAGGCGCGGAAAUUCACGUUUGUGGAUCCAAGCGACGAGGCGCAGCACAAGAAAUUUCGACUUGAGGUCAAGAAGCGGCUGUUUCGCCUGCAUACAGAGGAGCUGGACGGCAUGGGCGCGGACCGUCGCAAAGCUUUCCUCGACGCCGAGUAUCAGAAGCUGGAAGAGCACUAUCGGCAGAUGGCGUUAAAAAUUGGUCUUCUGAAUAUCAACCAAUCGUAG